AUGGGAAACAAAAUCUCCGCGAUCAACGGUGUCAAAUCCUCCGACUUCUACGCUCCCGGAAACGCAGUCAACGAGAUCUGGAUUGACAAGCACGAGCUCGUAUCCCGUCUUCCCUUCGGCGAUUCCGAUCUCGGUCAAGCCAGCUGGCCUCUGCACGACUGGCCCAAGAUUCCAUGGCAUCAGUUCAUCAUACCGCUGAAACGCGACCUCGAAUCGGUCCAGUGUCCCUCCAUGGCGAGCAACACAACGGCCUACUUCGAGUAUGAGGGGGUCAAUUACACGAUUACGCCCCCUUUGCCCAACAUCUACCUCUUUCAGGAGACAGCCAAUCAUCGUAUUCUCAACAUUUUCGUGGUUACAAUUGGGAUCGCUGCCCUUGAAGCGAGCUUCUUCUGUUGGUACUUGUUCCUUUACGACAUAAAGGAGCUGUAUCGCAGGAUUGAAAGCUCUCGCAGUCUUCCUCUUGGACUUGUUGACCCAGAUCUGCUACCACAAAAUGUCACGAAAUGGCCCUGGCGACUUGUCAAGGAGAGCUCUAUGCCCUGGUGUGUCAUUUCUGGUAUCGUCUGUGGACUGUCGUCGAUUGUUCUUGCAACGAUAGAGCUCAACUUGUUGCCUGUUUGUCUCGUGUUCUUCUUUUCCCAGCUGAUUUUGGUGUGCUGUUCAACACUCAUCGGAUCGAUUUACCUGGCUCGUUCGGUGUCGCGAGCUGCUGCCAGAAAAGAGUCGGAUGAAGUUGAUAUUGCUACAGAAAUCGCAACAGCCACUACAUUUAUUAGAUGUGCCCAGCGUUUGCUCGAGUCGAUCGAUAUUUCCGUAUUGGUGGAAAGGCUCUCCGUCCCGGAAGUCGAUUCGCAGCAAACAGAGCGAAAGGCUUGA